GAAACUUAGAGACUCUCUCUCUCUGUCUCCCAGUGCAUGAAUUCAGGAAAAUGGCCGAGGCCAGUAUUUCAGUAGAUCAGCUUUCAGUGGACCAGUUCCUCUGUUCAGUGUGUCUGGAUCUACUGAAGGAUCCAGUGACGAUCCACUGUGGUCACAGUUUCUGUAAGGUGUGUAUUAAUGACUGCUGGGAUCAGGAUGAUAAGAGCGGAGUUUAUCGCUGUCCUCAGUGCAGAGACACUUUCACUCUACGGCCUGUUCUACGCAGAAACAACAUGCUGUCUGAAGUGGUGGAGAAACUGAAGAAGACUGAAGUCCAAGCUGCUUCUCCUGCUCACUGUUACGCUGGACCUGGAGAUGUGGAGUGUGAUUUCUGCACCGAGAGAAAACACAAAGCCGUCAAGUCCUGUCUGAUGUGUCUGGCCUCCUUUUGUGAAACUCAUCUGAAACCUCACUAUGAAGUUCCAGCUUUGAAAAAGCACAAGUUAGUCGAAGCUUCUGGAAAUCUACAAAAGAAGAUCUGCUCUCAGCAUGAUAAAGUGCUGGAGAUCUACUGUCGUACUGACCAAAGCUUCAUCUGUUAUCUGUGUACGAUGCAUGAACACAGAGGUCAUGACACAGUCGCAGCUGCAGCGGAAAGAACUGAAAAACAGAGUGAGUUAAAGGAGGAGCAGAUGAAAUCCCAGCAGAGAAUCCAGGAGAAGCAGAAGAAGGUGCAGGAGCUGAAACAGGCUGUGAACACUAUAAAGCUCAGUGCACAGACAGCAGUGGAGGACAGUGAGAGGAUCUUUACUGAGCUGAUCAGCUCCAUGGAGAAAAAGCGCUGGGAGGUGACGGAGCUGAUCAGAGAUCAGGAGAAGGCUGAACUGAGUCGAGCUGAACGACUCCUGGAGCAACUGGAGCAGGAGAUUGCUGAUCUUCAGAGGAGAGUCACUGAGCUGGAGCAGCUUUCUCACACACACGAUCACAUCCAUUUCCUCCAGGUUUUAGCUUCUGGGUGUCAGUCUCCUUCACUUCCCAGACCAACAUUUCACACAUCCAACAUCACUGUCAAUCAACAUCUCUCAUUUGAUGGAGUGAGGAAAUCUCUCUCUGAUCUGAAAAAGAGACUCGAGGAAUUCUGCCAGGAGGAAUUCAUCAAAAUCCCUGAACAUGCUGCAGCAGUUCAGAUGAUUUUACCCUCAGAACCAAAGAGCAGAGAAGAUUUUCUGCACUAUUUCUGUGAUCUGACUCUGGAUCCCAACACAGUACAUUAUUACCUCAUUCUGUCUGAGAAGAACAGAGCGGUGACGCGCAGUGAGAUAAAGCAGCCGUACUCUGAUCAUCCAGACAGAUUUGACUCCUACUGUCAGGUGUUGUGUAAGGAGAGAGUGUGUGGACGCUGUUACUGGGAGGUGGAGUGGAGCAGUGAGGGAGGUGUGUAUAUAUCAGCCUCAUAUAAAGACAUCAGAAGGAAAGGACUGGGUAAUGAGUGUUGGUUUGGAGGCAACAGUCAGUCCUGGAGUCUGCGGUGUUCUUCUUCUUCUCUCUUUUUCCGUCACAACAGCAUUAAGACUGAUCUCAGAGUUCCAUCCCCCUCCAGAAUAGGAGUGUAUGUGGAUCACAGUGCAGGAACUCUGUCCUUCUACAGCGUCUCUGACACGAUGAAGCUCCUCCACAGAGUCCACACCACAUUCACUCAGCCUCUAUACGCUGGGUUCUGGCUGCGUUGUUAUGGAUCAACUGUGAGAUUGUGUGAUCCAAAAUAAAAUAUUAAAUGAUUUGACGUUUUUAAAAUUAAGAUGAACAGCUUUACUUUUAUAUAGAGAAUUUAAGUCCAAUAAAGAUGGAACAUGAGGAAAGUAUUUUUGAUUUCCUAAUAUUUAUUUAUAUUAGAUCAUUUUCUGUCUUUUAGGAGAUUUAAUAUUAUAAUUGUGACCAUUAUAUAAAA